GACGAGGGGACUCAAGUCGGGCUCAGGCGCCGACGUCCUAAGUCGGUGUUCCGACUACGACCCACCUCACCCCGGAAACUUCCUCCACUUCCCGUUUCUAACCGAACCAAGAGCGACCCAUCUCUCUAAAGGCCAUUGAUCUUCACUCAACUGGCAACUCCUGGCCUCUCAACUAGCUAGGUUCCCCAGAAAUUAACCAACCCCUUUCUCUCCCAGCAACUUCCUGGAAGCACGCUGCAUUCACGUCCAGAUUCGUCGCCACCGUCAUGGAAAAGAGAGAUAAAACAGGAAGGAGGCGUCCGACCGCCUUCUUUCUUGCUUGCGUUUUUUUAUUGGUUUCUCCUUUAGUAAGGCGAUCAAUGGAGAACUUCCAAGACUUGCUACCGGUGAUGGGGGAGAAGCUGGGAUCGCAGGGGCUGAUGGAGGAGCUGUGCAGUGGGUUCAGGCUGCUGAUGGACCAGCAGCGAGGGGUGAUCACGCCGGAAAGCCUGAGGAGAAAUGCCGGGGAGGCUCUGGGGAUGAAGGGAAUGACGGAGGAGGAGGCGGUGGAGAUGGUGAGGGAGGGAGAUUUGGACGGUGACGGCGCUCUCAGCCAGAUGGAAUUCUGCGUCCUCAUGGUCAGGCUGAGCCCGGAGGUGAUGCAAAGGUCGUGGAGUCUGCUGGCGCAAGGGUUGGAAAAUCUUGGUCACUAGCUCACUCACUCUCUCUGCGCAUCGAGAAUAUAAUCGUCGUUUUGGUCACAGCUUUUUAACAGGAGUUUUGGGUGCAUUAGCCGGAUUCUAUUUUAGCAGUCCACUUGAUUGUAUGUGAAUAAGAACGUUAACGUAAUUGAUUCUGCCAAUAUUA